CUGUCUGCGCGACUGCUGCCACUGCACGAGAGUCCUGAGCGAAAAGUGCGCGAGCUGAAAACACUGAGGAGCGACCGCAACAACUUUCAUCAUAACUGGAAUUAAGAAAGGGAAUUUAAGGGAAGAACUUUUCAUAACAGUUCAUAUUAGUUUGUUUUUUAAAUUCAUAUGGUUUACUGAGUUUUUGGGGGCUUUUAGAGUCUUUGAAGCCGAAUAUAAAUCUCUUCAUUUAUUCGUCGCUAGAUAAAAGUGUCGUGAUAAAUUAAUAAAUGAGGAACAGCCGGUGUCAACAUUAAUGCAAAUAACAAAACAAAUACAUGAAGAGAGACAUACAUGAAGAGAAAGAAAAGACUUCCCCGCUGAACAAGUUAGUUUGUUUUGCGCGAGGACUACAAGAUGUAUCACUGAAACAACACUGAUACAGAGUCACCGUUGCAGGAUCAUUUCUAGUCACCUGGCACCUGGCUCUAAAACAGAUGUCCGAGGAAGAGCACAGCCACAGUGCCAGCCCGCCCAAACCUCAGGAUGGAGUCCAACCAGACAGCCGGCCCCUGGAAGCCCUCCCCACCCCAUGCCCAGAAGGAGAUGAAUCUGGUGAGCAGACAGCACCGAAUUCAAACACCCCACCAAUGGAAAAGAUGAUGGAGAAUGGCAACAACAACAACAGCCUGACCCAGCCGGACCUCACCAGGACUCCUGGCAAAAGCAUAACAUAUCAACCUCAGGCACGGUCUACACCCAUACACCCCACGCUAGCAAGCUCAGCAGAAUCAGCGACGCUACUAAGGAGUGACAGCAAGUCUCACAGUAACAGGGUUAGGAACGGAACCUUUUCACGAGCCACCUCUUCCUCUUCAUCGUCUUCAUCUUCGGCCCAUAAAAACCCCAAAAAGCUGCUGUCAAACCCAUCCAUCAAUAGUCAAAGCAGCAAGAGGAGCAAAGGUAGCUCCAAAUCCAACAGCUCCCAGAUCCCCACAGAGGCCAGGGAUGAUUGCUGUGUCCACUGCAUCCUGGCCUGUCUGUUCUGUGAGUUUCUCACACUGUGUAACAUCAUGCUGGACUGCGCCACAUGUGGGUCCUGCGCAUCAGACGACUCGUGUUUCUGCUGCUGCUGCGCUUCAGAGGAAUGUGGCGACUGCGACCUGCCCUGUGACAUGGACUGCGGCAUCAUCGAUGCAUGCUGCGAGUCUGCAGAUUGUCUUGAGAUCUGCAUGGAAUGCUGCGGGCUGUGCUUUUCCUCCUGAGAUUCAUGUAGGGGGCGCUGCCCCUCUCACUGAUUUGGGACCCUAGAAGAAGCAAGCGAAGGAUGAGCAGAACAGAGCCGAAGGCAAUCAUAAGACUUGUCAUUGGGCUUGCAAGUCACCACCCCAGAGUGGAAGAUAGUUCUGAUUACAUUCCAGUAGCUUUCUUUUUAACUGUCUUGUUGAGAGCAGGCUUACAGUAGUUGGACCCUAGUGGGGUUAUCAAGCAACUUAUUAGAAAGAGUCUUUCUACUCAUUCUGGACUUAGUUUGUUAGUUUCUGGAUUCUACUUAUAAUAUGUUAUGUAUUGAGUCUACUUUAGCAUGGUGAUGAAUGCAACUGCCAAUACAUCCACACGACUUGAGAAAAUGGCUCUAUAUUUGUGGGUGAAACUAGUUUCAUUCUUAAAAUGUCAGUGUUUGUUAGUUGUUUGAAAUCGUCCAAGUGCCAAGCUUUUUGAUAAAAUGCAAAAUAGCCACAGAGUCAUCCAGUGGUUUAGGAAUUCCACAAAUAUGCACACCAUAAAAUUGCCUGAAUUAAACCCAGAUGCACUGAAAACAAUGUUGUCUCAUAAAAACAUUCCAACAUUGAGUUUUCCAGGAAAAUGUACCCAAAGAUCACUUUCAAAAAAAUGCUCGCUAAUAUUGCACACGUUGUUUAACGUUAAUCCCAAAUAUCACCUCUCAAUAUGCACACUUACUGUAGUACACUGGUGUAGUCCUCUAUCCACAGUGAUCAGGACUUCAAAAGCCAUAAAAACUGUGAGUGUGGGACACAUAGAUAUAUACGAGUGGGAGAAAAGUGUGUAUUUAAUAUAUGGUGUCAUACUACAGUUGUAUAAUAGAUUGUACUUAUACGUGUGAAGUUAGAGUCUUGUCAUUGUCUACAUUUAGUCCUGUGAUGUUCUCUCUAAUUCUUCCUGUGUUUCUCUACCGUCACUUCAUUGAUCAGUCAUUACUUUAGUUUUUUUUAUUUUUUUUAUUUUAUAUCUAUAUAUUUCUUACAUACUGGAACAUUAUACUGUAAGCGGUUGUGAAUUGCUCCCAUAUUUAUGUGUUUUAAUUUUUCCAAUGUGAAAUCUGUUGUCUUGUAAUUCAGACAAAAUUUGUGUGAAUCUAAAUGUUAGUUUACAUAUCUACGUAUUGUCUUUUCAUGUAGUAACUGAUAUUAGUGUUAGAAGUAUCCUUUUCAGACAAAAGAGUUUCCUUAGUCUAAUCAAUUACACUCUUUGCAAAACUAGUAUUAGGUAAAUCAUCUCACAGAAAGAUGGUGAAAACCAAUGCAUUGAUUUGCAUUGUUUACGUAAAGGAAUAUUCCAGGUUCAAUAUAAGUUAAACACAGUCGACAGCAUCUGUGGUAUAAUGUUGAUUACCACCAAAAAAUUCUAUUUUUUAUACACACACACACACACAGACAGAGUGACAGUGACAGUACCGGUCAAAAGUUUUGAAACACUUGACUGAAAUGUUUCUCAUGAUCUUAAAAAUCUUUUGAUCUGAAGGUGUAUGCUUAAAUGUUUGAAAUUAGUUUUGUAGACAAACAUAUAAUUGUGCCACCAUAUUAAUUUAUUUCAUUAUAAAACUAAAAUUUAUAAAAAAAUAAAUAAAAUUAAAAAAAAGUGCCCAUCAUAGAUGGGAACUCCUUCAAUACUGUUUAAAAAGCAUCCCAGGGUGAUACCUCAAGAAGUUGGUUGAGAAAAUGUCAAGAGUACGUGUCUGCAAAUUCUAGGCAAAGGGUGACUACUUUGAAGAUGCUAAAAUAUAACACGGUUAUGAUUUAUUUUGGAUUUUGUUUAGUCACAACAUAAAUCCCAUAGUUCCAUUUAUGUUAUUCCAUAGUUUUAAUGACUUUACUAUUAUUCUAAAAUGUGAAAAAAAAAAAAAAUUAUAAUAAUAAAGAAUAAGUGUUUCAAAACUUUUGACUGGUAGUGUAUAUAUUCUUUAAAAAAAAAAAAAAUUUGAGUGAGGCACUCACUCACACAAUUUUUGGAGGGUUUAAUCUAAAGGCACAAAUGUGAAGCUUGGAAUUUUAUAAAAACACACAUUAAUUCUUCUUGAAACGUGUGUAUUAUUUUAGCUUUAAAGUUGCUUAAAUUUUUUUUAUGCUUGUAGGGUUUACGGCGUAAUGACAAUGAAGUUGUUAAAUUAAAUCUAACUUUACACAGAAAAGGUUAGUAAGUGAUUUUAUCACACUAAAAUCAUGUUAACACAUAUUGAUUAUGUCAUGUGGCUAUACUUUUGAAACAGUGAGUAUUUUAAUGUUUACAGAUUGGCCUCCAUUCACUUCCAUUGCAAGUGUCUCAGGAGGGAACGAGUCAAAAUUUGUUUUUGCGAUAAUCAGCAUUAUGCCACAAAUGCUGUCGAUCGAUUAAAUAUGUAUUGAACCUAGAACAUUUCUUUAAGGAUGUUUCUUUAUUCUUUCUUGCCUUAAAACUGGAGAUAGAAAGCAUAUAUUUUAACUGGACCAAAGUAGGAUGAGUGUAAAACACCCAACGUGUGCCAGUGGAAUAAAGAAACAGGAUAAAGUAAAUCACUGCAUCACUGUUACAUAUUUUGCAUUUUAUCUGUAGAUAUAAUGAACAUUUUAUUAUUUGAUAUAAGAGAGGAAUGUAACUGUCUGUCAUGAGAAUUUAAAGAUUGCCAGAGUCCCCCAAAAUGUAUUUUAGGUCCUCUUAUGCAAGGAAAUAAAUCUGUUCUCAAAAUAGUGUGUUUGCAUACAUUGCCAACAACUAGAUCACAUUAUCCACAUCGGCAUAGUUAUGCAUAACAUGUCCAUUCACUUUUUCUUUAGUAUGAACUCAUAAAAGCUCACCUGAAUGCCUAAUUUUGAAAGAAUCAGCAAAAUGCUCUUAAGAGUAUAUCAUGUCACACCACAGGACUUGUCAA